GAUCACAGCAACAAAAAGGGAAAGUGAUUGGAGAAUAAAAAAGCAGGGAUGGUAUUUAUUCAAUGGCAGUUCAAUCCAGGUUACAGAGAGAGCAUCCUGGACAGAAGUGGAACUUCUUAAAUCAGAGAGAAGCUUCCAAGGCGAGUUUCCCAAAGAAAAAUGGGCACCAAGGGCAAAGUUAUUAAAUGCAAAGCAGCCAUCGCCUGGGAAGCAAACAAGCCCCUUUGCAUAGAAGAGGUUGAGGUAGCUCCCCCCAAGGCACAUGAAGUUCGAAUUCAGAUAAUCGCCACUGCCUUGUGCCAUACCGAUGCCCAUAUUCUCCAUCCUAAAUUUACGAAGGCUCUGUUCCCAGUGAUCCUUGGCCAUGAGGGGGCAGGAAUUGUGGAAAGUGUUGGGCCAGGAGUGACCAAUUGCAAGCCAGGUGACAAAGUGAUUCCUCUCUACAUGCCUCAAUGUAAAAAAUGCAAGUUCUGUUUGAGUCCACUCACAAAUUUCUGUGCAAAGCUCAGUCAAUUCAAAGAUCCUAUUAUUCAGCAAGAAGUAAUGGAAGACAAAACCAGCAGGUUUACCUGCAAAGGAAAACCAGUUUACCAUUUCAUGGGGAUCAGUACCUUCUCUCAGUACACUGUCGUAUCAGAUACUAAUCUGGCCAAAAUAGAUGAUGAUGCAAAUUUAGAGAGAGUCUGUCUGCUUGGAUGUGGGUUUUCAACUGGCUAUGGAGCUGCAAUCAACACUGCCAAGGUUACCCCAGGUUCUACUUGUGCCAUCUUUGGCCUGGGAGGUGUCGGCCUUUCUGCUUUAAUCGGUUGUAAAGUAGCAGGAGCUUCCAGAAUCAUAGCUGUUGAUAUCAACAGUGAGAAGUUUGCAAAGGCCAAAGCCCUUGGAGCCACUGACUGCCUCAAUCCUAGAGACCUACAAAAACCCGUCCAGGAGGUCAUCAUUGAAAUGACCAGUGGGGGUGUGGAUUUUGCACUUGACUGUGCAGGUGGAUCUGAAGCCAUGAAAGCAGCCCUGGACUGCACAACAGUAGGUUGGGGAUCGUGUACGCUCAUUGGAGUAGCCAUUGGUGACAAAGGAUUGACUGUUUCUCCAAUAGAGAUACUAAUGGGCCGUACUAUCAAUGGAACAAUAUUUGGUGGUUGCAAAGGUAGAGAUUCAAUCCCAAAGCUGGUUACUGAUU